UAAAAGGUGGAAGGAGUGAUUUCGCGCGUUGACCGGGUUGCAAUAAAAAAAAAAUCACAUAUAUAUAUAUAUAUAUAUAUCGAAAAAAAAUACGGAUUUGCGGGAUUUUGGCCAGUGGGAAAUAGACGUUUCACUCGUGCACCAGAGGUUCAUCCGUCCAAUAUUUUAAGAUCGCGGUGCGACAUGUCCGUGAUGGGGAAGCCGGUUUUAUACUCAUACUGGAGGAGCUCCUGUUCGUGGAGAGUGCGAAUUGCUUUGAACCUGAAGGAGAUACCCUACGACAUAAAACCAGUGAGUCUGGUGAAAUCAGGUGGUGAACAGCACUGCAACGAGUACCGUGAGGUGAAUCCGAUGGAGCAGGUGCCAGCAUUGCACAUCGACAAUCACACGCUUAUCGAAUCCUUGAACAUAAUGCAAUAUCUCGAGGAGACGAGACCCCACCGGCCCCUCCUGCCCGCUGAUCCAGUCAAGAGAGCACGAGUUCGAGAGAUAUGCGAAGUGAUAUCCAGUGGAAUUCAACCUCUCCAGAAUCUUGUUGUUCUCAUCUACGUGGGUGAGGAGAGAAAGAAAGAGUGGGCACAGCACUGGAUCACCAGAGGUUUCACUGCUGUUGAAAAAUUACUCUCAUCGAGUGCUGGAAAGUACUGCGUUGGAGAUGACAUCACCAUCGCUGACUGCUGUCUCGUACCCCAGAUAUUCAACGCCAGGAGAUUUCACGUCGAUCUCAGACCAUUUCCAACUAUUCUCAGGGUCGAUCGCCAUCUCGAGAAUCAUCCAGCUUUCACCGCUGCUCAUCCCAAUAAUCAGCCUGACUGCCCUCCAGAGGCUACCAAGUAGCAAGCAAGGCAGACCACUCUCUUCCUGUUCUAAAGGCUUUUGAAUUGGAGGUGAGUGGUCGUCGUCCAGGGAUCACCGAGAGGAAUUUUAUUUCAUUCUUCAAUAUUUCGGAGACUAUGCAGUUGAUCCCCAAAGGAUUUCCAAGAGGAAAAUAAACCAAAUCGAUAAUAAUUGAAUAUUGGAUCAGUGAUUAGCGUUCUCUUCGUAAUUAAAGAUAUGCAGAUACUUGGGAAAUAUUAAUAAGAAAGGGAUCCCUUGAGAUUCAUGAAAAAUAACAGACCAGAUGAAUUAUUUUCAUUGUGCGUGCUCGGGCUAGAGUCUAUUAGGAGCAUUAAACUCGCAAAUCGUAGGAAUAAUCCCCCCAGAGUGUGUACGACUAUAAAAAACGAUCUUAAGCCUGUAAAAAUAUAUGAGUGACCAAUACUCACGAUAUGAACUAAGAAAAUGAAUAUUUUGUAAGUGAAAAAUAAUGUGUAACUCGAUGCUUAUAGAGGAGGAAACAAUAAAUUAUGUGUCAUAGAAAAUAAAAUUCCUUUAUUCCA